AAUUAUGAUGAUAAUAAAUAUAAGAGAGGCGCACAUGAAUACGAAACCAGUAGAGUAAGCCUUUCGCAACAUCAAUAAGCUUCGAGCGUAAAUUUUGUGUUGGUCAAUAUGAAAUCUAUGGUUGUUGGGUGUUUGGUGGUUUUGGUAGCGGUGAUCGGUUUGUCCGCAGCCAGACCUGACGAUCAAUACACCACUAAAUACGACAAUGUCGAUUUGGACGAGAUUUUAAAAAGUGACAGGUUGCUGAGAAACUACAUCAACUGCCUUUUGGACAAGGGGAAAUGUACGCCUGACGGUGCUGAACUGAAAAAAGUACUGCCUGAUGCUCUAGACAACGAAUGCUCCAAAUGCAGCGAGAAACAAAGAAAUGGUGCCAUCAAAGUAGUUCACUACGUCAUCGACAACAAACGGGAUUGGUGGAACGAAGUCGCAGCCAAGUACGACCCCGAUGGCACAUACUUGAAAAAAUAUGAAGAACAGGCAAAGAAAGAGAACAUUAACUUGUAAAUUUUAUAAAGAGCAUUGUGAUUACCGGAAGAAAAAAGAUUUUAUAAAGUUAUAAAAAAUACUUAUAUAGCUUUUAUUUAUUUAAUGUAAUAAAGGCUUGUGAAAACUGUUA